AUGAAUUGCCUAUCAAUUUCGCUAAACAAGGCUGCUAAGGAUGGGGCUUUCCACUACCAUUCCAAAUGUCAGAGAUCGGAGCUCACACACCUUUGCUUUGCAGAUGACCUCUUGAUUUUCUGCGAGGGUUCUGUUCAAUCGGUCCAGGCGGUUCUAGCUAUACUGAAAGAUUUUGAGGACAGAUCAGGACUUGCUGUGAAUAUUGCCAAAACCUCUCUCUUUGCUGCAGGUAUAAAGCCGCAUGAGCUGGAUCAGAUAAAACAAGCAACAUGGUUAACAGAAGGAACACUCCCUGUCAGAUACCUUGAAGUACCGCUUUGCACAAAGAAACUGUCGAUAACUAACUGUGCGCCACUCCUUCAGGCCAUCAAGUCUAAGCUCCAUUCCUGGACUACUCGAACUCUCUCAUUUGCAGGGAGGCUUCAGUUGCUUGCAUCAGUAAUAGCGGGUAUCACUAACUUCUGGUCAUGCGCGUUUAUCCUCCCCAAAGCUUGCCUGGCGGAAAUCGAUUCUCUUUGUAGUCGAUUCCUGUGGAAAGGAAAAACGGAAGGUCACAACUCGGCAAAAGUCUCAUGGGCAUCAGUGACUACACCGAAAAAGGAAGGGGGACUAGGCUUAAAGAACUUACUUGUAUGGAAUAGAGCAGCAGCUCUUAAGCUCAUAUGGAUCCUAUUCUUCAAGCAGGAUUCUAUCUGGUCCAAUUGGUUCAUAAGAGAGAUCCUACAGGGCGAUAUUAAUAACUUUUGGGUUAUUAACACUAGACAGAAGCACUCUUGGCAAGCUAACCAGCUUCUACUACUGAGAGAACACGCAUACAGCUGGAUCCGAAGGACGAUUGGGAAUGGCGAGACAACCUACUUCUGGUCCUGCAACUUGUCACCUUUUGGCAGGAUCACAGACUAUCUGGGUGAUGAACCGUCUUCACAGGUGGGAAUUGCAACGACAGCAACUAUAGCGGAGUUAUGGGAUAUAGAUCACUGGGUUCUUCCUCCUGCAAGAUCAGACAACCAGCUUCAAUGUACAUCCUCUGGACUGAAAGAAACAAUAGGCUCCAUCGUAGUACCUACCGCUCCUCUGAUUCCCUCUCCACUGAAAUCGAUCGAACUAUCAGAAGAAGGAUUGCUAGCAUCCGCCAUGAAUCGCCCCGACUAUCCUCCGAGAUGCUACAGCUUUGGUUCUCCUCCAACUUGCGAUCACUACCUCUCCUCUAGACCUAUCGAUCAGGCGCUUCUCUGUUUCCUCCAAGUCUCUUCGUUUUCAUCGAUGACUCCUUACAAUGGACUUCUGUGUGUACUUUCUGGGUAUGGGUUUUCUAUUUAUUUUGGGUUCUUUCUUGUAAUGGCUACUUAG